ACAGUCAGAAAAGCACAAGCCCUGGGUUAUCCUCGAGAAAAAGGGAAGCAUAGGGACACAAAUGUGAGUGACACAGCGACACAGGUGCAGUGAAAUCAAACUGGCGGUGCUCUUAGGAUGCAGAAGUCACCCGUGGAAGAUGCAAACUUCCUCUCCAAAUAUUUCUUCUGGUGGACAUCUCCACUGUUGAGGAAGGGCUUCAGAAAGAAGUUGGAGUUGACAGAUGUUUAUAAAGCACCAUAUUUUGAUCUCGCAGACAAUCUUUCUGAACGACUAGAAAGAGAAUGGGAUCGAGAAGUGGCAUCGGCCAAGAAGAAGCCUCGGCUCUUGCGGGCACUCUCCCGUUGUUUCCUCUGGCCUUUUGUGUUCUACGGAAUCCUGCUGUACUUUGGGGAGGCGUCGAAGACAGUGCAGCCCCAGCUCCUGGGUCGUAUAAUCGGCUCGUUUGACCCCAUCCAUGCCCCUGAGCGGGAGCAGGGUUACUACCUAGCCCUGGGUCUCUGUCUUCUCUUCACUGCUCGCUUCCUGCUCCUGCAGCCAGCCAUCUUUGGACUGCACCACCUGGGCAUGCAGAUACGCAUCGCUCUCUUCAGCCUCAUCUAUAAGAAGACUCUGAAGCUGUCCAGCCGGGUCCUGGACAAGAUCAGCACAGGUCAGCUGGUCAGCCUGAUGUCAGCCCACCUCAACAAACUGGAUGAGAGUCUUGGCCUGGCACACUUUGUGUGGAUCACCCCUCUGCAGUGCAUCCUGUGUGUGGGGUUGAUCUGGGAGCUGAUCGAGGUGAAUGGUUUCUGUGCCUUGGCUGCCCUCACCCUGCUGGGCAUCAUACAGGCCUGCCUCUCUCAGAAGAUGGGGCCUCACAGGCAGAAAAGAGCAGGGUUAAUCAGCAGGCGUCUGGCUCUGACCUCAGAGAUCGUAGAGAACAUCCACUCAGUGAAGGCCUACGGCUGGGAGGAGGUGAUGGAGACCAUCAUCAAGAACAUCAGACAGGAUGAGAUGACGCUGACGAGGAAGAUUGGUUCUCUGCGGUACUUCUACAGCGCCUCCUACUUCUUCUCUGCCAUCCUAGUCAUUGUGUCAGCUAUCGUGCCCCACGCCCUCAGCAAGGGCAUCAUCCUGAGAAGUAUCUUCACCACUGCCUCUUACCUCAUGGUGCUCCGUAUGACCCUCACCAGACAGCUGCCCGGCUCCAUACAGAUGUGGUACGACACCCUGGCGCUGGUCACAAAGAUAGAGGAAUACCUCUGUAAAGAGGAGUACAAAGUAUUAGAGUACAACCUGACCACCACUGAGGUAGAGCUGGUGAACGUGACCGCCUCCUGGGAUGAGGGUAUCGGGGCGUUGUUUGAGAAGAUUAAGCAGGAGAACAAGUCUAACGGCCACCCUAACGGUGACGUAGGGCUGUUCUUCACCAACCUAUAUGUUACACCCGUCCUCAAGAACAUCAGCCUGUAUCUGGAGAAGGGACAGAUGCUGGCCGUGGCUGGAUCCACCGGCUCCGGAAAGAGUUCCCUGCUGAUGAUGAUCCUGGGAGAGCUGGUCCCGUCAGAGGGGAAGAUCAAACACAGUGGGCGGAUCUCCUUCUCCCCCCAGACCUCCUGGAUCAUGCCCGGAACCAUCCGUGACAACAUCCUGUUUGGUCUGACCUACGACGAAUUCCGCUACACCUCUGUCAUUAAGGCAUGUCAGCUGGAGGAGGAUCUGUCCCUGCUGCCGGAGAAAGACAAGACGCCCCUUAUGGAGGGAGGGGUGACCCUUAGUGGAGGUCAGAGGGCGAGGAUAGGUCUGGCCAGAGCCGUGUACAAAGAUGCUGACCUCUACUUGUUGGAUUCGCCUUUCACCCACCUGGACAUUGUGACGGAGAAAGAGAUCUUUGAGAGGUGUCUGUGUAAACUGAUGUCCUCCAAGACUCGUAUCGUGGUCACCAGUAAGCUGGACCACCUUAAGAGAGCAGACAAGAUCCUUCUGCUUCACAACGGAGUGUGUUACUUCUACGGCUCCUUCUCCCAGCUGCAGGCCAAGAGACCAGACUUCAGCUCCCUGCUCCUGGGCCUGGAGGCCUACGACAACAUCAAAGCCGAACGCCGCAGCUCCAUCCUCACCGAGACCCUCCGACGUGUCUCCAUCGACGAAUCCGCCGUCCUCCGUGGCCCUGAGCCCAUCCGCCAGUCCUUCCGCCAGCCCCCGCCUUCGGUCAUCAACGGCAUCACGGGACCUCAAGGCAUCACCAUCGCCGGGGGCGACAGUCUCACAGUGGUGGAGAAACGUAAACAGUCGAUUAUCUUAAAUCCAUUAGCAACGGCACGUAAGUUCUCCUUCAUCAGUACUGGGCCCCAAAACAGCCAGGCCCCAACCCCAGGGUCCACUACCAUCGAGGAUGGCGUGCGAGAGCUGUCGGAGAGGAAGUUCUCUGUGGUGCCCGAGGAUGAUCAGGUGGAAGAGUCGCUGCCCCGGGGGAACCUGUACCACGACGGUCUGCAGCACCUGAGUGGGCAGCGGCGCCAAUCUGUGCUGCAGUUCAUCACCAACGCCCAGGGGCAGGGCAGGAGGGAGCAGCUCCAGACAUCCUUCAGGAAGAAGCUGUCCGUCACGCCGCAGUGCGAGCUGGCCUCUGAGCUGGAUAUCUACGCACGACGCCUGUCCAAAGAUAGUGUCUAUAACAUCAGUGAGGAUGUGGAUGAGGAGGACAUGGAGCAAUGCUUUGCAGACGAGCGUGAGAACGUGUUUGAGACGACGUCGUGGAACACCUAUCUGCGUUACAUCUUCACCAACAGGAACCUGGUCUACGUCCUCAUCUUCAUCUUCCUCAUCUUCGCUCUCGAGGUUGCUGGUUCUGUCCUGGGGAUAUUUCUUAUCACAGAUAAGAUCUGGACAGAGGAGGCCAACCCAUUGGCGCCUAACUACGUAGACCAACAACACUCCAACGCCUCGUCACACGCCGUCCAACAGUCAGUCAUCGUCACGCCAACCAGCGCCUAUUACAUCAUCUACAUCUACGUGGCGACGUCGGAGAGCGUUCUGGCGCUGGGGUUCUUCAGAGGCCUGCCACUGGUCCACACCUUACUGACCGUGUCCAAGAGGCUGCAUGAACAGAUGCUGACCGCUGUGCUCAGGGCCCCCAUGGCUGUACUCAACACUAUGAAAACAGGUCGGAUCAUGAACAGGUUCACUAAAGACAUGGCCACCAUAGACGACAUGCUUCCUCUUGUACUGUUUGACCUCAUCCAGUUAACUCUGAUCGUGUUGGGAGCAAUCUUCACUGUGUCCAUCAUGCGGCCGUACAUCUUCAUCGCCGCGAUCCCAUUGGCCGUCAUAUUUGUGGUCCUGAGGAAGUACUUCCUGCGUACCGGACAACAGCUCAAACAACUAGAAGCUGAGGCCCGAAGCCCUAUCUUCUCUCACCUCAUCAUCUCUCUAAAGGGUCUGUGGACCAUCCGUGCGUUUGGACGUCAGUGCUACUUUGAGACGUUGUUCCACAAGGCCCUGAACACCCACACGGCCAUAUGGUUCCACUACCUCUCCACGCUGCGAUGGUUCCUCUUCCGCUGUGACAUCAUCUUCGUCUUCUUCUUCAGCGCCGCAGCCUUCAUCGCCGUGGGAACCAACCAGGACAAGCCAGGGGAGAUUGGCAUCAUCGUGGCCUUAGCCAUGCUUAUCCUUGGUACGUUCCAAUGGGCUGUCAUCACCAGCAUCACUGUGGACGGACUGAUGCGAUCGGUAGAUCGGGUCUUCAAGUUCAUCGACUUGCCGCAGGAGGAGCCUAGACCCAGUGGUGGUGGUAAAGUCACAGACCUGGUCCUCGACAACCCCCACGCACAAGACUGCUGGCCCAACCAGGGCCACAUGGAUGUCCAGGGGCUGACUGUCAAGUAUACAGAGGCCGGACGCUCUGUGCUGCAGAACCUGUCCUUCACCGUGGAAGCGGGCCAAAGUGUGGGUGUGUUGGGGAGGACGGGCUCAGGGAAGAGCACCCUGCUCUCUGCCCUGCUGCGCCUGGCCUCUACAGACGGAGAGAUCUCCAUUGACGGGGUCUCCUGGAACUCUGUCACACUACAGACCUGGAGAAAAGCCUUCGGAGUGGUGCCACAGAAAAUCUUCAUCCUGACUGGAACAUUCCGUAUGAACCUGGAUCCGCACGCUUGCCACAGUGACGAGGAACUGUGGCGGGUGGCUGAGGAGGUGGGUCUGAAGUCAGUGAUAGAGCAGUUCCCAGACAAGCUGGACUUCCAGCUGGAGGACGGGGGUUAUGUCCUGAGUAACGGACACAAGCAGCUCAUGUGUUUGGCCCGCUCCAUCCUCAGCAAGGCCCGUAUACUGCUGCUGGACGAACCCAGCGCCUACCUCGACACCAUAACGUUGCAGGUCCUGAGGAAGACGCUGAAACAGUCUUUCUCCAACUGUACAGUCAUACUGUCAGAACACAGAGUGGAACCACUGCUGGAGUGCCAGUCCUUCCUGAUGAUCGAGGGCAGUUCUAUGAAGCGGUAUGACUCCAUUCAGAAGCUUUUGAACGAGACCAGCCACCUGAAGCAGGCCAUAAGUGCUGCUGAGCGCCUCAAACUCUUCCCCCUGCACCGCCUCAACUCCAGCAAGCGACCCCCUCAAUCCCAGCAGUCUAAGAUCACCGCCCUGCAAGAGGAGGCUGAGGACGAGGUCCAGGACACACGUCUGUAAGGAGGAGCACCUGAUUAACUGGAUGACAUUUUGUCUUCUGAAAUGCUAUUUCUCAAUUGAACUUUCCUCGUUUCCUUGCAUCCUCUCUCCUCGACUCCUUUUCAAAACACAUUGGAGAAGUAGGCCUGGGAGGAGGGACCUUGGACCUUCUCCUCCAAUAUGGUUGAGACGGAGGUAAGGAGAUAGUUUGUCUUUUCACAACUCCUUGCAUCCUGAGAAAGAGCUAAGUUCCCUUUAGUGUAGAUGAUAACAGUGUGAAUGUGAGAUGUGGUCCUUAUUGGUACAGGUAUGGCUCUGUUCAAUCAAAAACACCGUCCAGGUGUUUCCAGAGGGAGGUUUUGUUGAACUUUAAUAACAUUGGGAUGCCAGUUUUGUUUGAAUAUAAGCCCAUACUUUUUGGCCAAGAUUGUAAAAAGUAUAGGGUCCCUAACCCCAAUGGAAAGCUGCCUGUAAAUACAGAGUAGGAUGAAGUUGCCCACAGACACUGAUCUGAGUUUUGUUUCCCUCUCAAUGCUUAAGGUUAGUGCCUCAGGGCAACUUAUAUUCAAAGCUGUAAAUACACAAAACAGGAAUGAGAAUGAUGAGUGAUGCUAUGGACAAGUGAUUAACCUGAAGUAGCCUUAUUUGUUCUAUUUGUAUGCACUUUAAAGAAACCUGAGGUACUCUUUAAUUUUUUCAUGGUGGCCUGGCGGGUUAAUAGCAAGGAAAAUAAAUGAUCAAAUGCAAAAAAAGAAAGAAAAAAGAAACCCGCUUUUUUAAAUGUGAUUUGUCAAGCUCCCUCUUUGUUACUGUGGUUACUGGUCAGACUGAAUUCUAAUUGUGACAAUGGCAGAUUUUUUUACAG